UCUCAUUACUUCAAAGUCUCUCUGAUUCUGAUUUCGCUUCCAUUUUCAAGCUCUUCAUUUAAUUCGGCAAAUGGGUAGCUGUUUCAGCAAGAAGACUUCUCCAUCUUCUUCUUCUUCUACUUCCAAUGGCGGAUCGUAUUCUGCAAAGUCACCAGAUCCGAACAAAUCCGCCAUUAAUAAACCUCUGAAACUCGAGACUGGAGGAGCACAAGAGAAGCUCGAAUCAGAAGAAUCGAAGCCAAAGAAUGAAGUGAAACAAGAAGCAGAGCUACAAGAGAACGGCAAAGCGAGGAAAGAGGUGUUCGUGAUAAAACACCGAAGGAGCCAUGAGAGAUCCAAGACGACGACGGAUCCGGAGGAUUCCACAGUUUCCGAUGAGAAAUCAACCGGCUCGAAUCAGAAUCCAGUAGAUGUGGAUGCAAUAUUGAUUCAGUGCGGGAGGCUGAGCCGGAGCAACUCCGCCGCCGGAAAAACAAGGAGAUACUCUGGAUCUAAGAGGAGCUUCGAUUUCGACCAGAACGAUAGGAAUCGCGACGGCGACGCGGAGGAGGCGGAUGCGGAAGACGGCGGAGAAGAAGAGGCUGAGCGGCGGAUUCAUCGGCAGCGUCACCGUGGCGGAGAUUCGCCUCGGGAACGGAGAAGACGAACGCCGAGCAGAGAAAGGGAGGAUUCGAAGAGUUAUCGAUCGGGAAGUAGGGAGAGAGGAAGUGGUAGUAGAAGAGUAAGCAGAUCUCCGGGAAGAAGAUCGGAGACAAACCCUAACUCCGGCGCCGGUAGUGGCAGUUCUUUGAAUUCGAGUAACAAUAUUAAUAGACCAGCGAAAUUCGUCUCGGUUCCUGCAACGGACAAGAGCAACAAUGGAGAGCCAUCUAUCAAACGGACUAUUGUCAAGAGAAACGUUGGAAAAGCGGCGUCUCCUAGGUCACAGUCUCCGGCGAGAGCGGCGUCUCCUAGGUCACAGUCACCUGCAAGAACGGCGGUUAACACCAAUAGUUACGCUCAGCCUUCGCCGUCUAAGCUCAGUCGGAAAACGGAGCAUUCUCCAUACAGGAGGAACCCAUUGGGAGAGAUUGAUCCAAACUCAUUGGUGUAUCCACAAACUCAAGGGGAUAAAUUGGGAUCUUGCAACAAGAAGAUGAUGAACAGAGAAAAUGAAAUUCAGGGACUGAUUAAAGAAUCUGCAAAUUUGGUGGGUCAGAAGUUGAAUGCCAAAACCGGUUCUCAAGCUCCUAUUCGCAGAAGUGCAAGCCCGAGCCGUGUCACCAAAGAGGCAGAGGAAGAGUGUAAGAUAGUGUUAUCGUCUGGAACUGACCUCCCAAAGCCUCAAAUUGUGAGCCGGAGCAGAUCAUUGAGGAAAUCUCGUGAUUUCGAUUUUAGUCCCGAAGCAUUGCUCUCAAACAACAUCGACAACAACAACAAUAACAAUGUGGUAACAGCAGCAGCAGCAGCAUUACCAUCUUACACAGCUUUGCUUUUAGAAGACAUUCAAAAUUUUCACCAGAAGAGUGUGAAUGUCAAUGUCAAUGCCAUAAGUUCAUCUAUUCCCAAGGCUUGCUCCAUCGUCGUUGAAGCGGUUUCUGAUCUUAACUCCACUACGAACCAACAACAAAGAACCGAGUUCAACAGUUUCAAACCAUCAGAAGUGAAGAAAGCGGAUAUUAUGGAGCCAAGCUUUGAGAAGUACGUGACUGUUAAGAGAGGGGGUUGUUCGUUGGAGGACAUGGAAGAGCAAGAAUCUUCAGGGAGCAAUAGUUUCACUGGAAGUAGUUGUGUGGUGCAGCGACAUGGAUUCUCGUCGUCUUCUUCAUGGGAACCGAAUUCAGCUGAAUCGACUGAUCGAGUGUGUGUGAGAUCAAACAAACAAGAACGUGAUCGGAGUCCACUUGGUUUGAAUACUGAGAAACAAGAGUUUGAUCCGUUGAAGAAGAAUGUUGUUGGAGUUGGACGUAAAAGAGUGGCUCUUGUUGAUUCGUCUUCAAGCAAACAGGCAACAACCACAACUCGUGUUGCUGCAGUUUCAAUGUAACAGUGAAAUUCGUCGUGUUUCUUUAGUUGUUGUUAUUGUACUUUUCCAUGGUUGCAGAGUAGCAACUGGUGUUUGGCUUUUUUGUUUGUUUGUAAUCAUAUGAUCAAUUCGAAUAAUAUAUUCCUUCU